AUGACCUUUCACCUUCUCUUCUUGGCUCCGCCCCUCCUGCAGAUGUGGAGUGGUCCUGAGAGGCUGUUGGCUCUGGACGAGUUGAUUGACAGGUGUGAGACGAGUCAGGUGAAGCACGUGAUGCAGGUGAUCGAGCCUCAGUUCCAGAGAGACUUCAUAUCGCUGCUGCCCAAAGAGUUGGCGCUGUACGUGUUGACCUUCCUGCCUCCCAGAGACCUGCUGCAGGCCGCUCAGACCUGCCGGUACUGGAGGGUCCUGGCCGAAGACAACCUGCUGUGGAGGGAGAAGUGCCGCGAGGAGGGUAUAUCAGACUGUGAAUCAUCUCGGCGCAGGAGAUGCGCGGCUGCGUUCAGUCCGUGGAAGUCGGCCUACAUCCGGCAGCACCGCAUAGAGACCAACUGGAGGCAGGGCGACUCCGGGGAGCCGAUGGUGCUGAAAGGUCACGACGACCACGUGAUCACCUGUCUGCAGUUCAGCGGCGACCUCAUCGUCAGCGGCUCCGAUGACAACACGCUCAAAGUGUGGUCGGCCGUCAGCGGAAAGUGUUUGCGGACGCUGACCGGUCACUCCGGUGGCGUCUGGUGCAGUCAGAUGAGCGUUUCCAUGGUGAUCAGCGGCUCCACCGACCGGACGCUGCGUGUUUGGGACGCUGAGAGCGGCGAGUGUGUUCACACGCUGUACGGACACACGUCCACCGUGCGCUGCAUGCAUCUCCACGGCAACCGGGUGGUGUCGGGUUCCCGCGACACGACGCUCAGAGUGUGGGACACGGCCACGGGUCGCUGCCAGCACGUGCUGACGGGUCACGUGGCGGCGGUUCGCUGCGUUCAGUUCGACGGACGCCGCGUGGUGUCGGGAGGAUAUGACUUCAUGGUGAAGGUGUGGGAUCCCGACAACGAGGUGUGUCUGCACACGCUGCAAGGACACACAAACAGAGUGUACUCACUGCAGUUUGACGGUGUGUUUGUGGUGAGCGGUUCAUUGGACACGUCCAUCAGAGUUUGGGACGCAGAGACAGGUAACUGUGUCCACACUCUGACUGGUCACCAGUCUUUGACCAGUGGGAUGGAGCUCCGAGACAACGUCCUGGUGUCUGGAAACGCCGACUCCACCGUCAGAGUGUGGGAUGUCCGGACAGGACAGUGUCUCCACACACUGCAAGGACCCAACAAACACCAGUCGGCCGUGACCUGCCUGCAGUUCUGUAGAGGUCUGGUUCUGUCCAGCUCUGACGACGGGACGGUCAAACUGUGGGACCUGCAGACCGGAGCCUGGCUGAGGGACGUGGUGGCGCUGCAGAGCCGGGGAUCAGGUGGCGUGGUGUGGCGAAUCCGAGCGUCCGACACUCGGCUGGUGUGCGCCGCUGGCAGCAGGAACGGCACUGAGGAGACCAAGCUGCUGGUGCUGGACUUCGAUGUGGAUGACAAGAAGAAGGAGACGGACUGAGAAGGUCGAAAAGGAGAAGCUGCUGAUGACCAAAGUCACGACUGCUGUGGAUGUGAAGAGCCUGCUGAUUGGCUGGUAGAUGGACAGAAUAAAAACGUGAUGGACGAGUGUCUGAAGCUCUGACCAAAGCUGGGAUGGUUUCUAUGGCGACGCACUGGUCUCCGUCAGAAGAUGUGUUGCUGAAUGUAGGACUGAGGAGGCUUUUCCUGCUGCUGAACCAACCAGGAGGCCGACGGCGCUGUUUGAUCACCAGAUCUACCGAAUCCUGACGUCUGAAGACACUCAUGCAGCUUUUAGAGGCAACAGAGACGAGUGCUGCUGCAGAUGGUUCCACUUUCUUCUCAGUUCGACAGUUUGCAGCUCAUCUGCGUCAUCUCUUUUGCUCAGAACCUCACGGCUGGACCUGGCGGUGGUGCAAACACUCCUGAAAUCUGGGAAUCAAAGCUUUGUUUUCCCUUCGUGCAAUGAGGGAGGAUAGAAAUGUAGCAGAGCCUCACACCUGCAGCCGAGUUCAGCUGAUUUUAACAGCAGAAACAGAAUCUCUGCAAACUGCUUCAGGUUCUGUUUGAAUCAUUUGCACUUUCAUUUGGAAAUCGUGAGUCAACGUUGCCAAAGGUGAGAUUAAAAGCAAAACGUUUUAUUAAAGGUGGAACAGAAACCGUCACUGAACAUGUGAUCAUGAAACACAAAAGCUGUCAGUGGGUUUGAAAAGCAUCUCAUCUUUAAAAAGCACCAAAAUGACACCAUUGAUCGCAAACUGUUGGAAAGAACAUAAAAAAAACCCCAAAAGAAACUGUGAAACUUGUCUCUAUCACAUGGAUUCGGUUGUGUUGUGUGGUCAGAAGGUGGCGCUGUAGGCUGCAUCAACUGCAAUAAACAGAGGAGAAGAAGACUAACAAACCCAGAAGAAGAAACAAACUAAACUCUGUCAUCUACAAAGUUAAAAGGCAGAGUCCAGGAACUGUUUCUGCUCAGAACCGCCGUCGGUGCUGCUGCAGAGCUAAAGUUCAGGUUUCGAUGUUUCAUCCUCCACACGGCUGUUCGUCUGUCGGGUUCCUCGUCGUUUCAUUCUCUGAUGACGUCUGAACUAAACUAAAUAUUGAGCCGACUUCUCUUUCACCUGAACUUCUUUCCCUUCUUCUGCGAUCAUUCAAACUCAGCGGCAGGUUUAGUUUUGUUGCACCAACUUGUAAAUGUUUGUAGAAGCUGGUGGGCAGAUGUGCAGGUGUGGAUCCCAUCUGCAGGUGUUUCAGGUGCGUUACACAGUGACACAGUGUGAAUGUACAGAUUGAGGUCCCAGUUUUUCUUUUUUUAAUUUGCACUUAAAAAGGAACAAAAUCUCAGUUUUAUUGACCUGAAGGCUGUUUGUGUGGAUUAGAGACCUGAAGGUCGAGAUGGAUCGAUUGUUGUGUGACGUAUCGGUGUUCGUGUGAGCGAGGCCUGAAGUCCGGAUGCUUUGUGACGUUUUUCUGGGGGGAAGUUAAACCAACAGGUGGGAGGUUUGCAUCUGCUGCUUUGUGGUUUCUCCGAACACCAAAUCAGUCGAGUUUAAAUCAGUGAUCUGGGAUUUUAUUUGAAACACUGACGCUGCUGAAUGUAAACUCACAGUUUGGUUGAUUGUGCCGACUGAUGGAUGGUUCAUAUAGAAUUACUAUAAUUAUAAUGUAUAUUUAUAUAUAAAUUACAAAACAUUCCUUCACUCUAGUUUGUAAAGUGUUGGUUUUGUUCUUACGUGACAUGAAGGUGGAGGACAGCGGAAGCUUCAUGCCGUCAUGUUUCUGUAGCUUUUCUUCAUUUUCUUUGCUCCAGCUGAGCUGAAGUCAAAGAAACACAGAAGACAGUGAAUCCUGCUUACAUCCGAAACAUGUCGUCACGGUGACACUUUCUGGCAUUGAAGUGGAGAAAAACAUCAUUUUUUAGAAAUACUUUUUUGCCCAGUCGUAGAAGAUCUUUGAUUCCUCACACGAAGGUCACUCCACAUGUUUUCCUCAGCUUAUGAAAUAUUUAAAAAAAGAUAAAUAAUUUAAACAACUCCUUUUAGCAGAUAUUAAUCCAAUAAGCUGCUGUUGCCAGGCAACACCUCCAGCCAAUAGCAGAGGUCUGGGUGAUGUUUCCACGGCAACAGGUGCAUCUGAGGCAGCAGAGGUGAAGCUGAGCAGGUGAGAGGCUCUGAAUCCUGUAACAUCCUGUAAAUAGUGACGAUGUACAUACCAGCUUUUAUAAAGACAGCCAUGACGAUGAAACAAUAAAGAGGAAUUUUACAAAAA